AUGACACUCUCCUCCCACAUCGACUCCGACGAGCUGGAAGGAAAGAUCCUGGGGACAGAGUCCCCGACCAAUAAGCUUGUCAACAAGUAUAUCAGCGCCAAGAAGCAAUUCCACAAUGCCCGUGUCGAGGAAGAGCCUGCCAGCAAGAUCGUGUCCAAGUUCCGGGGUAUUGCCGAGAAGUAUAGGAUCCAGGAGAACGGAAUGGAGCCCAGACAAGUAUACGAAAUUCUUCACGACGAAUUGACCCUGGACGGCACCACGACACUCAAUCUGGCCUCGUUUGUCAACACCCACAUGGAAAGAGAGGCUGAACAGCUGAUCAUCGAAAAUCUCACAAAAAACCUUGCCGAUAACGACGAGUACCCAAUGCUGCUGGAGAUGCAGCAACGGUGCGUUUCAAUUCUGGCAAACAUGUGGAACGCUCCCGUCGAUCUGACAAACGGCGCGCUCGGAACUGCCUGCACCGGCUCAUCCGAGGCCAUUAUGCUGGGAGGCCUUGCGAUGAAGAAAAACUGGCAGGCCAAGCGCAAAGCAGCGGGAAAGGACUACCACCAUCCGAACAUUCUCAUGGCGUCCUGUUGCCAGGUGGCUCUCGAGAAAUUCGCCAGAUACUUCGACGUCGAAGCACGCAUAAUUCCCGUGUCCAACACAGACUUCUUGCUCGACUACGGGCUAGUCAGACGGAACUUGGACGAGAACACGAUCGGUAUUUUUGUUAUUCUGGGAUCCACUUACACGGGAGGCUUUGAGAGUGUCGAGAAAAUCAACGACAUCCUGCAGGAAUACGAGGACGAGACUGGCCACUUCGUCCCCAUACAUGUGGACGCCGCGUCUGCCGGAUUCCUUGCCUCGUUCGUGUAUCCAGACCUUAUGUGGGACUUCAGAAUCCCGCGCGUGGUGUCGAUUAAUACGUCGGGCCACAAGUUUGGUCUCGCUACCGCGGGACUCGGCUGGGUCGUUUUCCGUAACAAGGAUUGGCUACCAGAAGAGCUCAAGUUCCAGCUACAGUAUCUUGGAGGGUUGGAAGAGUCCUUCACUAUCAACUUCUCCAGACCAGGCUACCAGGUUAUCCAUCAGUACUUUAACUUCCUUCAUUUGGGCCAAAAGGGGUACUAUGAGAUUUUCGACAACUGCCUAACAAACGCACGUAUUUUGUCGAGAUUUCUGGAAGAAACUGGAAUCUUUGUUUGUGUCUCAAACCUGCACCUGCCUAAGGGCCACACGGCACGCGGCGCGCCUCAGGAGGCUCCAAGCCCCGUCAGUCACCAUGCCUUUUUAUCGGACCACCAGUACUAUAACCCUGCACUGCCUGUUGUUUCAUUCCAGCUUUCAGAGGAGUUUACCGAUGAGUACCCAGAAAUUCCGCAAUCUUUGGUGUCUACUCUGAUGAGAAACCGCAAAUGGAUCAUUCCAAACUAUGGUCUUCCGAAGACGUCCACACAGGACGACGGCAAGAACAACGAGAUACUCAGAAUCGUGGCCAAGUACAACUUGACGUCCCAGCUGCUGGACAAACUGAUGCACGACAUUGUGGAGGUUAUGGAGGUGCUAAUGAAAUCAGUCACACUGGUCAGAAAGAACGUCGAGAAGCUGAAAACUGGAGCAGAAGAAACAGACAACAACAUGGUGUACAAUAUGCUUCUCUCUAUUGCCAAUGACGGCAACGAGAAGCUUAUCGAAUUAAAGGACACACCGCCAGAGUCCAAACACAACUCCUUCAGAGGACCAUGCUAG